AUGGUUCCCCCCACGACGUUACCCCAGCGCUUCGCAAACGAUGCCGCGGUACUCAAGUAUCUUGCCGAAAAGGCGCCUUCCAUUCCCCCUCUCCCCUCGCCUUUCCAGUGCUUUUUCGAAGACGAUGAUGCCAUUUACCACGCCACUGGGCGGGUAGAGGGCGUUUCUAUGAACGAGCUCUCACAGAAAGAUAAGCCGGUUGUGACGCAGGAGCUCUUGCAGCACGUGGCCACUCUGAGAUCUCAGAGAUCCGACACGCCAGGGGUUCCCGGCGAAACGCUCUUAUACCCACCAAUGCGCACCACCAUGGAAAUGCUUCAUCUACCGAGCUUCGACGAAAAGGUGGCCGAGCUCAAGAAGGCUGAGGCUGCGGAAAAGGUUGCAGAUGACGAGGGAACCGUUGUUCGGGAUUGA